UGUGUGUGUGCUCGCCUUCUGUCUCUCUCUCUCUCUCAAAAUAAAUAAAUAAAUAAAUAAAAGAAAGUGAAAUGUCAAGAGUCUGAAGUUAGAUUCAAGGCUGAUGCUGGUGAGAAAGAGUAUCAUUUAGGAAGAUGCUUUUCACUAUCCCUGGAUGGUCUCAUCUACUCAUGGUUUCUGUCACUCCCUUUUGUUGACAACUCCCAAAUCAGUGCCCCCAGCUGAGACCAUGCCCUUGAACUCCAGAGCCCUAUAUCCAGCAGUCUACUAGACAUCUCCAGGUUCUUGACUUGCAGAUUCCCAAAUUCAGCAUGUCCAAGAUGCCCAGCCUACGCCUUCUGCAGUAUGCCUCUUCCACUAAAUGGUCCCGCCAUCUCCCCAGUUGGCCAAGCCAUAAACCUGGGUCAUCCUUGACUUUUCAUUUCUGGCUUACAUGGUCCUACAGGAUCUGUUUCCUGCUUAGCACCCCUAGCGCACUCGCACACCUGUACAUCUGGAUCUUCAGCCAUACAGAAGGUGCCACAUUCUCACUCAUCUGCAGGUUUCUGGUGUUCCUUCUCCCCCUUCCUCCAUUCUUGAUCUUCUCAACCACUCCAGAUCAAAGUAAUCUACUGCAGGAAUCCUUCCUGACGUCUACCUGUGUAGAUCUGAGGAACACUCAGUACUUUUUCCAUGGCAUUCAUCACAUUACCUGUCUUCCCCUGUGCUUAGCACUCUGCUUGAUGCAUGAUACGUACUCAGUAAAUAUUUGUAGAAUAAUAGUUGACACUGACUGAGAAUUUGUGCCAAGUGCCUUGCUAAGUAGGUUGCCUGCAUUAUCUCAUUUCACAAGAGUGGGGUCAGGGAGACCAUCUAGGAGGUGGUGAUUGGCAAAGUCCAAAGGGACACCAGAUUGGUUUCAACUAGGAUAAAAGUGGUGGCAAGAAGUGGGCAGAUUUGAGGCACGUGCUCAGCUAGAGUCAACAGGACUUGGUGAGAAUUUGGUUGAGGGGUUGGGUAGGGAGUGGAAGGAGUCAAGGGUAACCGCUGGGUGCUGCUGCUUCUCCUUGCUGAGAAGAGAAAGAAGGACAGUGUAAGUUUGUGGGGAAAUAAUUAAAAGUUCUCUUUGGUAUGUGUUAGGAUUGAUAUGCCUAUCAAGUAACCAGGGAGAAAUGGAUAUAUAAAUCUGGAUUUCUGGAAUAAGAUCAGACAAGCCUGGAGUUCCUCAUUUAGAACUCACAGAACUCCAUGAGGUAGAACUAUUGCCAGCUGAAGUAGUGUAACUUCCUAACUCGCGCAGAGCGUAAGCAGCAGAGACGGCAUUUGAAGCCAGGCACACUGACUACAACACCUUCCUGCUUGCCACCACGCGGUGAAUGGUUUCCAGUUCUAGUUGCUGUCGUCCUCAGUUUUCUACGGUAUAAAUUUCCCUGUGCCAGCUGUAGAAAUUGUUUUGAAGGCCAAAUCAUGCUGUACCUACUGAUUUUAAAUGGAAUUGGGUCUGCUUGCAGCCCUGUAGAAGAACAGAACAGAAGAGAAAACGAGCCAGGGAAACAUGGCAGACAUCUGGUCCUGCUGCAGCCUUCCUCUGGCAGCUUCGGGGCAGUUGAAUAUCAUAUAGCAAGACCGUUAGUAUCUAGCUUUUCUCUUCUUACAGGAAAGGAGUAUGUCACCUUGAAAUACAUAAUUCAGAUUGAUCCCUUAUAAAAGCACAGAUGUGGAAAAGAGCCUUUCAUUUCACAUGUAAGAUGUUCACAGGUUGCAUUGAGAACUCAAUUCAUAAUGGUUUAUAGAUGAAAGGUACUGCAUUUCUUGUGUUUGAUGCCUGCCGGAAGGGAACGGCUGUAAUUGUAGACUAAGGCAUGAGCUUUCUUCUAGAGGGGUGUGCACGUAUGUGUGUGGGCACAUGCUUUGAAAACCACACACACAUAUUAUAUAAAUAUAUACUGAUUUGAAAUAACCUUCUUUUCCUGUUUUAUUUUAGGGAUAAUGAUUCUUCUUGCUUCCCACCUAAGUUGAAUAAGCACCUCGUGCACUUUAAUCUCCUGUCGUGCCAUCAGGCUGACUGAAGACAGUGUUUUGAAAUCUCAGCUAUAAAGACAUCCCGCCAAAGUCUCAAUCUUGCCUUAACGAUGUUCCAGAGACUGAAUAAAAUGUUUGUGGGUGAAGUCAAUACUUCUUCCAAUCAAGAACCAGAAUUUAGUGAGAAAGAAGAUGAUGAAUGGAUUCUUGUUGACUUCAUAGACACUUGCACUGGUUUCUCAGCAGCAGAAGAUGAAGAAGAAGACAUCAGUGAAGAGUCACCUACUGAGCACCCUUCAGUCUUUUCCUGUUUACCUGCAUCUCUUGAGUGCUUGGCUGAUACAAGCGAUUCCUGCUUCCUCCAAUUUGAGUCCUGUCCGAUGGAGGAGAGCUGGUUUAUCACCCCUCCCCCAUGUUUUACUGCAGGUGGAUUAACCACUCUCAAGGUCGAAACCAGUCCUAUGGAAAACCUUCUCAUCGAACAUCCCAGCAUGUCUGUCUAUGCUGUGCAUAACUCCUGCCCUGCUGUCAGUGAGGCCAGCUGUGGGGCUGAUGAAUUUCAUAACCCAAGUAGCCCCAGAGUGGAAGCUCAGGAUGAGAUGGGGCAGCACAUUCACUGCUAUGUUGCAGCUCUUGCUGCUCAUACAGCUUUUCUGGAACAACCCAAGAGCUUUCGCCCUUCCCAGUGGAUAAAAGAACAUAGUGAAAGACAGUCUUUAAACAGAAAUAGCCUUCGUCGCCAAAAUCUUACCAGGGACUGCCACUCUAGGCAAGUCAAGCACAGUGGCUGGGUCGUCCAUCAGCCCUGCCCACGUCAGUACAAUUACUAAGAAUUUCAAGGUUGAUUGGUUUCUCUUGGUUUGUGCAUAUGUGUGUGGAUGUGUGUGUACGGACAAUGAAGAUGCUGUUUCAGCCAACUGAUGACCAAUCACAUAGUUUUAUCAAUGUGUUUAGACACUAUCUUGAAAACCAGAUUUACAUGCUGUGUAUCACAUAAUGCCUUGCUUUUAACAUUUACUUUUUUGUAAAUUCUUUCAGAAUAUUUUUGGAAACAUAUCAAUACAGUUACAGUGUUUGGUGUUUUGGGAUGUCUUUAAAUCUAUUAAGGUGUAUAUGAGUUAGCAUUCUAAAGACAUUUCUUCCCAAGUAUGAGGAUAGGCAUCUUUCAAUUUCAUUUUAUUUUGUAUUAAUCAAUAUUUCGAGUAAGCAAAAAUUUAUUCUCAGGGUCAGCCAUACACUUUAUUGACCAGUACUUGAUAAUCUUUUCUGUAUAUAGCGAAUACAUUUUUACACACUAACAUGAGCAUUAACAGGCGAUAGUUGCCAUGGAUAUAAUGGAAUUAUGGCUGAACUUUCUCUUGAAAGAAAACUUGAUAUAUUUCUGUGUGUACAGGUUUUUUUUUUUUUUUUUUUCCAGAUUAGCCAUACAGUUCAUUUUGGAAUUCAGGUACAUUAAGUGUUAGUGAACAGUGCUUUCAGUAAUUCCGAUGUGACUGUGUGACGUGGUACAGAGACAUUACAAGGAUCGUGGGACAGAAGCACUGUCUCACAUGCAGAGGGGAUCCGUCAGAUCUGUGAAAUUGUGUUUGGGAAAAUGUAUGUCUCCACCUACCCCAUUAGUCCACCAUUUGACUUGUGUGGAUUCUUUCCUGCCGGCUCUGCCCACUUGGCACUUCACAUCAGCUGUAAAUUCAGAAGUACCUGUCCAGGCACUUUAGUGACUUCUUAUUUAUAACUGUCCAAGGAAAAAGAGGUAGGCUUUGUAUUUCUGAUAUGGUGACGGAUCAUCUGCCGUGGAGCCUGCCCUGCUGAGUGGCAAGCGAGGCUGAGAAGGAAUUCCUGGUGACAACUUUUCCUAGCAUCUAGAUGAAGAGUGACGGGUUGGCUUCCUUGAGUUCUCUUUUUUUUUUUUUUUUUUUUCCCCUAACUCGGGCUUCAGGCAGAAUCUUUAACCACUUUGGCCUCUGUUUCCUCCACCUACGGGGGAGUAGUAGUAUUUACCUCCCUCAUGGUCGUUGUGCACACUGUGUACUGAUGGAAGUGGGCUGUCCACGACUGAACCUUGUGUGAAAUUCCAGGGGCCUCUCUACUGAAUCUGAUGGUGGGGGUGGGGCCACAACUGUUCUUCAGAGUGUUGGUGCUAAUGAGGCCAGGGUUCAGGGCUCGAGUCACAUGGAGGCCAGUUAUUUAUCAUUUAGAGAAAAUCUAUCUUACCUCUAGCCGGUCACUUUAUUUUUUUAGCGAUUGUGAUGGGUUUUGCUGAGCCAUCCACAUUCACCAAUUUCCUCUCAAACUAAACUAAACAUAGACAAUCCAAAGCACAUUCUACUGACAAACAGUAGUAUCACCUUUGUGGUCAAAGAGCUUAUUUUUCCAAUGCCUCUGCAACCCUAAUUAAGUGAAUACAUGUCUAUACAAGGUUUUCAAGGGAAAAAGCAGCAUAUAGUUAUGUGAAGUAUUAUAUUUUCUAAUAACCCUGUAGCAGCUGGAUGCAGGGAACUAUGGGAGACUUUUCAAGUGAAGAGCUGAGCUCUUUUCUGACCAGGGCUGGGAAGUUUGGAGGCGGAAGAGGUCACACAGCAUCGUCAGAUGGUGGCGGUAGGUGGUUCUUCCACUGGCUGUGACGAAGUGCCAGGAAUGUCUCUUUAGAACAAGAGUCUAGACCCCAUGCUUUCCUUAUUCCCUUUCCAUUUGAACCACCCCUUUAUUUAUUUGUUUUCUAAUUAGGGGCCAAGUCUGUAAAGUUUUGUCAAACUGAGCUAGAAGUUAUUUUGUUACUAUUUGUGUUUACGAGAGUUGAGAGGUGAGGUAGAGUUUUCAUGAAGGUGUGUAUGUUUUACAUCGUGUCUGUCUCUAGGGCCAUAUGUUGGUAACUUGAAAAUAGACCAGCUAAAUGUUUUCUGGAUAUAAGCCUCUGAUUACGUGGGGGUCUCUUUUUUCAUGUAUUACAUGCAAGUUGUUAGUACCUCACAAGCUACAGAAGUUCAGCCAUGAGAAUUUGUUUGGCAGCAUGAACAGAUUUGUGUAUAACAUAGCUAGGGUCUUUUCUUUUCUUUUCUUUUUUCUUUUUUUUUAAUGUUAUUUUUCAAAUUUCCCGAUACCUGAAAUACAUCUACAUCUCUGUCAGUUAUUGACUUUUUUUCUGGCCUUCUCUGGACCUAGUUUUUUAUGGUUUAUACCUGGAAAACAAAUACUUUCAGGCUUGGGAUUUUUUUUAGGGUUAUCAUGCCAUCUGUCAUAUCAUACUGUGGUUUUUGUAUCAGUAUCUACGUUUUCUGUCUUAAAUUGGCACAUGUUAGAAUGGAAGAAAGUGGUUACGUAAUUCAUUUGAAGUUCUUGGUCAUUAGGGGUUUGUUAGGCAUCUACUACGUGUGGUACCAGGAUGAUGUUGACCUGUUAAGUAUUCCUUGAAACAUGGCCAAAAUGCAAUUUAUUAUAAGUUAAUUAUUAUUUUUGCUCUUGUAAAUAUUAGUGGUUUACAUAAAUGUGCUUCAGUGCAUAUUUCUUAAAAAUUCAAGCAGUGAGAAAUAAGACCCCUCCGAAUUUAAUGCUCUACUUCUAAACUGAUAAUAUAUAGAACGUUACUUGGAAAAAGUCUGGAAUGUGUGGUGCACAAGGAGUGCUUCAUGGAUGAGUCCCUUAGUUUUUAUAACGCACCGUGUUUCUCAAAGUUUGUGUUUUCAUUAAUAAAACAUUUUAUGAUGUGUAUUCUAUGUUUGUUACUUUUUCUUUCUCCACUAAUUAUGUAUUGUAUUGCACUGUGAGUUGAAGAUUAACCCUGCAUUAUUUAUCUUCUGUGGCAAUGCAUUUAUAUGGCCGGGCAGGUGGGGGAUUUUUUUUACAGAAAGGUUCACAGUGAUUGGAUUUUUGACUUUCUACUCCAGCGAGCUCUUUCUACAUUAAUUUCCUGUACAUUUUCCCAGUUCCCAUGCAGGCUGUUCCUGUUUACAUACUUUCUCUGUUUUAUCAGUGCUUUGAUUCUAGUGAGAACACAGUUUACUGAAAACUUGAGAGGGCGUUCAGCAUCGCCUGUUGUUUUUCCUUCUCAAAUCUAUGUAGUACACUGGUUUGUUAUCUUUACAUCUUCAUUGAAUCUAAGUGUUUUCACUAUCCUCUUCUUCAAGGAAAUAUAUUGUCUUUUUUAUAUCUUAAGAAAAAAAGAACAAAAAAGAGUGUCUUUCUUAUCCUGUCUUUCUUUGAAUUGUAAACAAACAAACAAAAAAAUGAAGGACUCCAACUAGAAGACAAACAUUUAAGUUUAAAUAGGUUAGUGGAGAAAGUUUAAGAGUUUCCAAGUAUCUUUGUUUUUAGAAUCGGUUAAGAGACUGCUCCUUGUACUGGAGACACUAGCAUGUUUGUAAUGUUACCUUAAAACUAUCUUCAUUUUAUAAUGCCCAUUCAUGCUGGCUAAAUUCUUUUAAAAGUUGGGCUGUUCUCAUGGAUGGCUUCACUGUCAUCAGCCAUGUUGAUGCAUUAUCAAUGGCAUCCUUAUCUACUUAUUUUAACGCUGAAAAUUUUAUAUGAAAUGCUUUAUUUAGGAAACCUACCUAAUUCGGUGGUGUCAGCCUUGCCAUGUACCAGUUUCACUUGAAAUAUGACACCAAUUACAGUGGUUUUGGGUGGAGAAAGAGGGACCGGAAAGCAUACAGAUAAGGAUAUUUCUUUCUCUUUGCAACAGUAUCCUUUAUGGGGGAGGAGAGGUUACUAUUCAAAGGAAGGCAGCUUCAGUGGAUGUUUUAUAUAUCGUUUAGAAUUUUCCUUACAACAUAUUUUUUUAAUUGUAUAAUUGUUAAAUGCCCCAUUUUGCUCUGUAUUUGCCUGAAGUUUUAGUAUUUGUUUUCUAGAUGGACUUCUAAAAACCAAAUCAGUACUUGGGGAGCUAGAUGUGUGUGUGUAUCUAAGCUUGAUGUGUAUGAGUGGUUUUUGCUUGCUUUUUGGUUGCAUUUUCCUCCAGAAGUUUGGAAUUUUAAUCAAUAAUUGUGUGUUGUUAUUAUUUUUUUGAGUGGCUUGGUUUUUUUGUCUCAAGUAAAAUUGUGAACACAUUUGCUUUUCAAAGACAGGGCAUCAGUUAUAGAGACUGAAGAGUAUUGUAGAUUGUACUAUGUGCCUUCUUGAUGUAUUCCUAAACACAAAUUUUUUUCAACUUGAAAACUCAAAAGGGACAUUUGGUUAGAUUAUAUACUGUACAUCAUCUAUGCAUAAAUGGCAGCUUGUUUUCUUGAGCCACUGUCUAAAUUUGUUUUUAUAGAAUUUUUUAUACUGAUUGGUUCAUAGAUGGUCAGUUUUAUACACAGACUAAACAAUACAGCACUUUGCCAAAAAUAAGUGUAGCAUUGCUUAAACAUUGUGUAUUAACAUCAGUUCUUUGUAAUUGAGUACAGUGGUGCGUUUUGCACUACUUGGAGUUGUGGUUUUUAAUCUGUCAGUAAAUAAAAUGUUCUUUAACUUCA